AGCCUCGCACAGACGCAAACGUCUCCAUUUUUCAGAACGAAAGAAAACUGAGAUAUUUUUCAGUGAAGCUAAACAAACAAAGAAACCAUGGCGGGAAUCGAUACGCAGAAGCAGCUUCUCUCUCUGAUCCGCGACUUCACCUCUGAGAAAUCUCGAGGAGAGCAAAGAGUGGUUGGAUUGAAGAAGAGGAUCGAGACUCUACAAUCGGAAGUAGAAGCAGCGAAUGCAGAAGUUGAACAUGCCAAGCGUAUCAAAGAAGUGGCAGAGGAGGAGCUCAACGGCUACGAAGUUGAAUUGUCUUUGAACGAUGCUACGAUUCAAUCUCUGGAGGCAAGGAUUGCUCUUCUUCAGGAUGAAAUUUCCACUGUUGGCAAUGAAGUGGAUACUCUCAAGAACAAGGAAGGAUUACUCAGAGAGCAGUUUAUAAGUGAAAUGGCUGAACUGAACAAGGAAAUAAGGGUGUUCCAGAGAACAGUAACUUCCAGUUUGGGCAUUGAUGAUAGUACUGGCAUAACAGCAAAUAUCAAAGUUUUUGAGGGUGGUUAUGGAGCUGAUUCAGAAAAUAUCAAGGAUAUGCUCUCUGAUGUAAAUUCUCAAUUAGCAAAAGAGGAAGAAGGAUACCUGGCAGAGCAGAUCAUAAAAGAACAGCUGCAGAAGGAGCUUGAUGAGUAUGAGAAGAAAAGGUCACUCAUGGAGGCCAUAACGGACAAAACAAGUUCAGUGCAAGUUCUCGCUAGAUAUCCUUAUUUUCUUGGAACAGACAUUGGCUUCACUCGGGGAGGAGCUGCAGAAGAGAUGCCGAUGUCAACAUUGCCAGGCAGAAAAUUUGGAAGUCUUGAGCUUACUUCUCCAAGGAGAUCAAAAUAUGGUGGUGUCUUAGUUAAAGCCAAUCUUACUUUUGGAUUGCUCGAGGGAAGAUCGAUUAACUCGGGUUCCAAAAUGGUAAGACAUUUACUUUCACCUCUAGGAUAUAAGAAACCACUUCUCUAGAAAUUUUACUAAAUGUGCAUGUUGAAGGAAACAUUAGUCAAGUGUCUUAAACAAUGAGCACAUAUUCGGUUUUAAAGGCACAAUCAAUCUCUUGAAAUCUGUGAAACCGAAGCACAGGUUUCUUUACGUUAA